AUGAAACGCGUUCAAAUGAACAUAACUGGAAACAGCAAUUUGAGCAGCACAUUUAAUUUGAAAGCAAUUAAUGAGAAACCUUUGGUGGUGCAAGUACUGGUGGGUAUUCUUCUCUAUGUGAAUGGACUGAUGAUUUUCACCUUUCUGAAGAAAGAGACCUUCAGGGAAACACGCUACAUUCUGUUUGCUCAGACUCUUUUUGUUGACUCUGCUCUUAUGCUGAUGACUGAUUUAACCCUCAUGGGGGCAUUUUACCAGUUCCCUGUGCCUAUAAUUCCUUGUUAUAUCUUCUGCACGCUUAUGUUUUUGCUCUAUGUUUGCUCACCAAUGACUCUUGUAGCCAUGUGUUUGGAGCGCUAUGUAGCCAUAUGUAUGCCUUUAAGACAUUCCAGCAUCUCCACCCCUAAAAACACCUUCAUUGUGCUUCUUGUCAUUUGGAGUGUAAGUUUUGUUAUUCCAUUGUUUGUUUUAAUAGCCUCUUUUAUUUAUAUCCCUCCUGGUGUCUUUCACCAAUAUGUUGUGUGUAGUGUGGAGGUCAUGUUACAGGUAAAAUGGCUGGCAGACAUGAGAGCGACAAGUCUGCAGCUAUUACUCAUCAUGAUGUUGUGUAUUAUUGUGUCUACUUACUUCAAGAUUAUGUUGGCAGCCAAAUCGGCCUCCUCUGAGAGGAAGAAAUCCACAAAUAAGGGUCUCAAAACUGUUAUUCUCCAUGGUGUUCAGCUUCUUCUGUCUAUGAUGCAGCUUAUAACCCCUUAUAUAGAAAUGCCUUUAUGGAAAUUAGAUUUUAUGCUAUUUGUGAAUGUAAGAUAUUCAAAUUUCAUUUUGUUUUUGAUCUUGCCUCGUUGUCUGAGUCCCUUAGUUUACGGGUUACGGGACAAAAAGUUUUAUAAUGCUCUUAAAUAUUAUGCUUUUUGUGGCAUUUUGGUUUGUAAUAAGCACAAAAUAAGAGGGCAAUCAUUUAGAGGUGUAGUAAGCAUUACCAUAAAAUUAAACCUCAAAAUAUGUAGUGCAUGUAGUCCUGUGGACGAUGACACCAGCCCCACUCUGGAUCCAGAACCCAGCCCAGCAUCUCACCGUGAUGCAGAGCAACAGCCUGAGCCCACGGAUCACAGAUUUUCAGUUUGUUGCGACCAAUGA